AUGAGCAACUUCAAAUAUAGUAAUUACACCGCAUCAAACUUUUUUGCAUUCAACUACGCUGGGUUUGCAUGUAUUGCCAUUGUGGUUUUCCUCACAGCAACCCAACCAUUUUAUAUUAAAGAGGUUAUUGGAAUUGAACCAAAACCGGGCUCAGAAAAGGAUACGAAAAUUGGCCACAUUGUUGGUGCACUUGGGUUCUUUGAUGAAUUGACAUCAAUGAUUUCUGCCCCGCUUCUUGGUGGAUUGAUAGACAAAUUUGAUGCUUUGGGAUAUGGUGGGUCCCGGAUUGUUCAGAGCAGCAGCUUUAUUGUGAUUGCCUUGGGGUUGUUUGGAUAUGCUGUGUUCAAUGGGUCCCUUGUUCCCGAUAUGUUUAUACUGCGAUGUAUUUUUGCUUUGGGGGUCACAGCAUGUAUGAGUACAGUAACCGUAACUUUAAAUGAAGUGGCGAGUUCGGAUUUUGACUUUUCAAAGUUAAUAUUUUGGAGACCCGCCAGAUUUAGUGGAUAUGAGCAAACAAAUCAAAGCGAAGAAGUUGAUACAAUUUCAGCACCACCAAAAAAGAAAAGAAUUGGUGGGUAUGCAGGUGUUAUGGGUAUAUGCACUGGUCUUGGUGCUAUAGCUUCAGUGUCAAUGUUUAUCCCAUUACCUCUUAAACUUUCAGACUGGCAAGGCUGGAGCAUAAAGCAAAGCAUCAGAUCUUCCUACUUGGUGGUGAUGUUUUUUGCUUUGAUCUCAUUGGUGGUGCUAUUCUACUUCCUUUACGAUACCAAAUACGGAAAUUCAACUGAAGAAGGUUUAAACGACGGAAGAGAAGAAAAGGCAUUUGUACAAAUCUUGAGUGAAGGAUAUAGGUUCUCCAAGGGCAACAAAAACGCUCAGUUGGCAUGUGCGGGUGCUUUUGUUGCGCGUGCUACUACUGUGGGCACAGCAGCAUUCAUUCCUUUACUAGUCUACAAUUAUUUCUACUCCCAGGGUAAAUGCAAAAGUAGUAGUUGGUCUGAAAAAGAUAGUUGCUAUGAAGGGUAUCAGUUUGCAGCUAUCUUGAAUGGUGUAGCACAAACUGCUGCAUUAUUGACUGCACCAUUGUGGGGCUACUUAGUCAACAAGCUUGGUAGAAGAUCCAUUGCGAUUGCCUCCGGGGUCGGUGCCUUGGGUAACAUUGCAUUAUCGUUUAAUACAAACUUUGACUCUUAUAAUCCACAGACAUUCUGGUGUUUCUUAUUUGUUUGCAUAAUUGGCAUUUCACAAAUUGGGUUGAUCAUAAGCAGUAUGAGUAUAUUGAGUGGAAUUUCGGAUGUGCACUCGAUCAUGGGAUCCCUCAGUGGUCUUUAUAGUUUCACGGGUGGUUUGGGUAUUAUGGUGAUUACUUUACUUGGUGGUUUUAUCUCAGAUAGGUGGAUCUUGGGCCCAUUUUUUUUGUUAGGUAUGUUUAACGUGGCACUUUUGGUGAUCUACUUUGUUUCCAGUAAAGAUACAUUAAAAUUGGAAGAAGAGAGUCCAGGUGAAAACAUUAAUGUUUAG